GGGCACCGGGCACGAAGUGGGGGCGCUGGGCACCGGCUCUUUGGUCCUCCUCCCCCCCUCCGCAUCUUUAAAAAAAAAAUCUUUUUUUGCAUCUGCCACUGCGAUAUUUUUCAAGCCGAAGUAAAGGCACUUGGGGUUUUGUAAACGGGAGCUGGUUUUCUACUGGCGGGUCGAGAUUUCUCUCUCGGAUUCUUUUAUACGGAUUGAUCCAUUUUUUAUAACCACAAGAAGGAACCAGCUAACGGGGACCAGACGCCCUGACCUCCCCCGGCAACUCUGCGCCGUGUCAAGGCACCCUUCUGCCCCCCCCCACUGCCACCCAGUGCCAUCUGCUGAGCCCCUCCAUUCCCCCUACCCAGGGUUGUCUCACGGGACCCACCGUACCCCCCACCCAGUGCCAUCUCCUGGUGCAUCUCCCAUCUCCACGUCCCUGUGCCCCCACAUACACCCCAGCUGCCCAUUUACUUGCAUCUUCUGGGGCCCCUCUGUGCCCUCCUCACCUCCCCCAACCCAGGGCUUCUCCCUGCCCCCCCCAUUUGCUCCCCGUCUCCCAGGGUCGUCCCCCCGCACACCAUGUACCACCUGCUGACUGUCCUCCUCUGCGCCGCCCUGGAGGCCCUGAGCUGCCGGCCGGCCCUGGCAGUCCUCCAGGCCCCUCGCCCAGCCAACCACAGCCGGGCGCUGCCCAGCCUGCUGGCUCACCUCAAGCGGCUGGCGGGGGGCAACGGCACAGGGGCGGGGGCCUGGGGGGGCCGGGCGGCUGAGACGUGCCAGGGCUACUACGAUGUCAUGGGCCAGUACGACGCUGCCUUCAACUGCACCACGGGCGGCUACCGCUUCUGCUGCGGCACGUGCCACUACCGCUUCUGCUGCGAGCACCGGGCCAUGCGGCUGGAGCAGGGCCGCUGCACCAACGUGGAGACCCCCUUCUGGGCCCACACCCAGGCCAGCAGCACGGCCGGGCCCGGGGGCCGGGGGCCGGGGGGCUCCGAGGCCGCCCGCCAGCAGAGCAACAGCACCGUCUACGUGGUCUGCGGUGUCAUCAGCUUCACCCUGGCCGUGGGCCUGGGCAUCAAGGUGGCCUUUGGCAAGGCUUCCCGCCGGCCCCAGGGGCGGGAGAUCAACAUGCCCAGGGCUCUUGUCGACAUUCUCCGGCACCAGGCUGGGACCAGCUCCCGCGCCGAGCGCAGCAACAGCACCGCCCUCACCUCAGCGUCCCAGGACAACGGCCCGGCCCGGCCCCCGAAGAACCUCUACAACCCCAUCAAGCCCUGCCAGAGCAACCACGACAACAUGCACCACAACUACGUGCACCUCAGUGUGAGCAGCCCGAAGCACCACGCCGCCACGCUGGACUGGCGAGUGCAUCACACCCCAACGUCGGGCCUGAAGUACAACUCGCUCACCUGCUCCCGCUCCUUCCACAACCUCUCGCACCUGCCCCCGUCCUACGAGUCGGCCAUCAAGUCGGAGCUCAGCCGCUACUCCUCGCUCAAGAGGCUGGCGGAGAAGGACAUGGAUGAGCUGUACCUGAAGCGGCGGCACCUGGCUGAGCUGACGCGGGGCACGCUGCCCCUGCACGCCAUGAAGAUGAACUACGAGCGCUACGGGGAGGCGGCCCAGCACCCGCGGCGGGUGAUGUCCCAGGAGCACAUCCUCUCGGACGGCUACCGCCCCUCCCCCUACGACUACACCGGCCCCCGGGAGCGGGUCGUCUCCCACGAGCGGCUGCUCUCCCGCGAGGUCCUGCACUCCCAGGAGCCUCUGCUCUCGCCCGAGCGCCUGCACCAGGGCACGGGACCCUUCCAGGAGCUGCGCCUGGGCCACCAGAAGGCCCUGUCCCAGACCAACAUCUGUGCCGCUGGCACCCCGCUGCUCGAACGCCACCAGGGGCACAAGAUGAACUCCCACCCGUCCUCCGCCAACUCGGCCCAAGCUGCCUGGGAGGUGGGCAGCAACCACACGGCCAACCGGCGCCAGGGCUUCGGCUCCCGCCGCCAAAGCACCAUUGAGCAGCUGCAGUUCAUCCCCGGGCACCACCCCAGCCAGCACCUCCGCACCGGGAGCAAGAACGAGGUCACCGUGUGAGGGCCCGGCUCAGGUGGACUCCACUUUCCAAGGCCACAGCUCUCUUCCUCCUCCUCCUCUGCGUCCUCCCCCCCGUCCUUCCCGUCUUCUUUCUUGGACCGGGCGGCCUGCUGGGCUUCAAGGCCUUUGCCGGGCUUUGGUGGCAUCCGCCUUUGAUGACCUCAGCGCCAUGAGUCCUGUCAACUUUUGAUGAUGUCAGGGUUAGGUUGAACCCAUCCACGCUGGAUGACGUCAGCCCCUGUCGACAUUGGGUGACAUCGAGGUUGCCUUGUCUCCGUCCAUGUUAGAUGAUGUCCACAACUGGUGACAUCACUGCUGUGGGCCCUCUUGACUUGUGAUGAUGAUAAGAUUGCCUUGGGCCCGUCCGUGUUGGGUGACCUCAGCGCCACAGGCUUUGUCAACUUUUGAUGAUGUCAAGGUCGCUUUGAAGCCAUCCACGCUGGAUGACGUCAGCCCCUUGGAGCCUGUUGAGAUUGAGUAAUGUCAAGAUUGCCUUGUCUCCGUCCAUGUUAGAUGAUGUCAGUGCCCUGGGCUCUAUCGACUUUUGAUGUCAAGAUUGUGUUGAGCCUCUCCAUGACUGAUGACAUCAGUGCUCGGGGCCCUCUCAACUUUUGUUGAUGUCAGGAUUGCCUGGGGCCCAUCCACAUUGGGUGACAUCAGCACCAUGGGCCCUGUCAAUAUCUGAUAUCAAAGUGGUGUUGGGCCUGUCCCCGUUGGAUGACAUCAGCACCAUGGGCCUUGCUGACAUUUGAUGAUGGCAAGAUUGUGUUGGACCCAUCCACGUUCGAUGAUGUCAAAUUGCAUUUGGCCUGUCCACCGACAUCAGCGCUGUGGGCCCUGUUGAUGGUUGAUGAUGUCAGGACAGUCAGGCCUGUCCAUAUAGGAUUGCGUCAGUGCUGUGGUUGUGUCAACAUUUGAUUCCAUCAGGACCAGCUGUCCUGUUGACUUUUGAUGAUGAUGUCAGCACUGGCCAUCUUUGAUGACAUCUGCACUGUGGCCCUUGUCUAUGUGUCAUGAUGUCAGUACCACCAAGCCCGUCAACCUGUGAUGAUGUAAACACUGUGGGUCAACCUUUGAUGAUGCCAAGAGGGCUCUCAACCUCUGCUGUCAAUACCGUCUCCAUCUCAUGACAUCAACACUGUGGACCUUGUCGGUGAUUGAUAACAUGAGUGCUGUGGGCCUUGUUGACGUCUGAUGACAUCAUCGCCGUUUCAUGGUCUCAACACUGUGGACCUCGUUGACCGUGGAUGACACCAGUGUCCUGGGCGUCAGCCUGCUGGUUUUGACAUCAGUCCAGUGGCUCCGUCACAGAUUGACGAUGCCUGUUCACUGGGCGUUGUCACUGAUGAUGUCACAGCAGUUGGCCUGGUCAAUAGUUGAGGAGAUCAAGCACUGCCAGGCCAUCAUCAACCCUUGAUUAUGUCAGCACUGCGGACUUUGUUGGUGAUGGAUGAUGUCAAGAUCAUCAGGGUCUGUUGACCUUUAAUGUCGGCCCUGUUGAUAUUCAGUGAUGUCAACUCUGUGGACCUGGUUCCUUUUUUUGAUGACAUCAGCACUGUGGGCUUUGUCUAUCUUUGAUUAUGUCAGUGCUGUGGGCCCAGUCCACUUGUUGAUGAUGUCACCGCUGUGGACCCAAUCCCCUUUUUUAUGACAUCACAGCUGUGGACCUGGCCCGCUUUUUGAUGCUAUCGCCGCUUUUGAGACUCAGCCCGUCCCAUGAUGUCAUGCCCGCCGGCCCCGUCCAUUCAAUGAGGACGCCAUGGUGCCUUCCGAUGACAUCAACGCUCCCCUCCAGCAGGCCAGAUGCCCCCUGGCGCCAGGGUGGGAGCAAGCGGCCCCCUCUCCCCGGAUCUCAUGGCCGGGGCUGAGAGCUCAUCAGGUGGGCCAUGGUAUGGCCAAACCUCCACUUCCAUCCCAUCCCACCGCUGAACCCCAUGUACAUAUCUUUAUAUAGUGCUCUCUGGUAUCUCUCUUCCAGUGCUUCGGCUCUUUGGAUUUCCAGCCCACUCCACUGCCAUGGGGCGGGGGAGCACGAGCCCCCACCCCUCCAGCACACGUGAAUGUAGUUUGAACAGCCUCAGCUCUUUCAAACCCCGCCCCUCUCUCCCCAAGAUCGUGGGUCACCCCCACGCCAUGGGGGGGGGGGGUAACUGGGUCUUCGUAUCAUGCCUUUUUCUUUAUUUCUCUUCCGUUUCUUCGCGGGCCGCUUGCUAGGCCCUGGGAUCUUCGAUCUCAUCACCCAGUAGAGUUCUGACGGGUCUCAGCCUCAAACCUUUUCAUCCCUUCGUCCCCCUCUGCGCUCAGACCCCGACCGUCCAGCGCCAAAACAUGCUCCUCUUCUGCACUGCGGUAUGCCUACGGGGCAUGGCCGGCUGCUACGGAUACAGAGGUGCUGAGAUGGGGUCCUGCCGCGCUGGGCGCUGCACAGAUAUCGUCACUGAGAGCGGAGUCGCAUCAGGCCAGGUGCUGCCCCAUCACACCGGGUACUGCCCAGACAAAGAAUCACUGAGAUCGGGGCCCCGUCGCGCCGGGCACUGCCCAGAUACAUACUAUCUGUGUCUUCCCCACAGAGCUCUCCAUCUAAAAGUAUCAAAAUCAGCUGGAACCCAGGCUAGCCCACAGGGCUCCCUCUCCCCUUCGUGGCUGUACCAUGGAUAGUGGUUUAUAGGCCACGUACCAUUGGAGCUCUUUAGCCCAGGUGUAACACAAUCCUAUUCUUCCCCAAGGCAUUAGAAACUCCCGAGGGCCUUGGCAUGGCUUCUGGUACAGACCGUCCAGCCUUAAAUAAAACCCCUCUCUUCACAUUGGCUCCUGACCUCAGGGGACUCUCUGCAACCCGGUUAGGCAGUAGCUUAAACACCAAUACAAGGAGUGGCUUUAUUGCCAUACGGUUAGCCUGUGGAACUCCCCACCACUGUAUGUCACUGUGGCCAAAAGCUUAGGUGCCUACAAAGGAUCAGCUUCUCUAGGGGUCACUGUGACUCAUGGCAAUUCAGCCGGGCCCUCUGUCGCCAAUCUCUUCAGCUGGGGUUAUAAAUCAAGAGCUGAAAUAAUUUAAAGCCAACCCCCUGGGUGGGUUAGUCUAUUUGCCCCCCAGGGGAUGUCUUGUCCCUUCCUCUGAAGCAAGUCUGUAGGGACCACUGGUGGAGACCCGGUUACCGGGCUAGAUGGGCCUGCCCACUUGUCAGUUCUUAGACUCCUGUGAUUUUUGCGGGGGGUGCUUCAGUGUUUGGGGUGCCCGUCUCAAGCGGCUGAUUGUGAGAGAGGCGGGCGCUCAGUGCUGCCAGGUGAUUGGGAAUGCCUUGAUGGCAUCCGGAAAUCACAGGAACAGAGGAAAUUGACUGGAGCCGAUUAAUGGGCCCAUCUAGCCCAUCCUGUCUCUGACUGUGAUCAGUACCGGAUGCUUCAGGGGAAGGUGGUUAAAGCAGAAGGUUUGGGGACUCAGGACUCCUGGGGUCUAUCCCUGGGGAGGGGAGCGAAUUAGUGGUUAGAGCAGGGGAAGAGGGUCAGGUGUCAGGACUCCUGGGUUCCAUGCCCCCUAAGACCGGUUGGAUAUCCCUUCCCACAUUAUGUUCCCGCUGGAGAGUCCUGUUCUCCAUAGAGUCUGGGGCCUGUUGGGAGCGCUGGGAUUGCCUAGUCUAUCCCCCAGCGUAACGCAGGCUGGACCUGUCCUCUCCCCUUUUGAAUCACCCUAAAUUCUUGUUUUCAACAACCCCCUGCCACGGUGAGUUCCCCAGGCUCAUUCCACAUCAUGUGGAAAAAAGCAUUCCCUUUAACUCCCCUUGUCCUUUUAGCCAAUCUCUCAUGCUCCCCUCCCUGCCUCCCCCCUUUCAAAACACAACCCUGCCCCCGGCAGUUAACCCUUUGGACACUCUGAAUUCAGAGGCCGCUCCCUUUAAGGGUCAGGCUGCAGGACAUACCAGGCAGGGGGGGUUUAGGAUUUGGUUUUUUAGGGCCCCCUUUUGAGGGGCGAUUUUCUCUCCCCCCAUCCCCCUGCCUAGUCAUCCAGGUGUGGCAAAGCUAUAAGCUUACCCUUCCGGACGGGGAGCCCCAGCCUCCAACCUUCCCCUCCUCCAGCUAGAUUUCUGCCCCUCUGCUCCCUUCUCAGGAUCUUUGGAUGAGGUCAGCUGGGCUCUGCCCCCUUGACUUCACUGGUGCCAUAGGGCAGAGAAUAGCCGUGGCGCAGGACGCCCCGGCCUUGACCCACAGCUGCCCCCAAAGGGCCCCAGGGGAAAGGGAAUAGCCACAACUCAGGGCACCCCUGCCAUGCCCCCGAUCUGCCCCCAUGGGCCCUGGGGGACAAGGAAUAGCUAUAGCGUCAGGGGCCCCAAUCUGCCCUCUACUGCCCGGUGUGGGUGCAGCACCCUCAUCCUGGCUGGGGCAGAGCACCCAGGGGCCCAAGCGUCUGGGGAGAAGCUCAUGGGUUUUCUGCCCCACAACACUGGCGACGGCAGCACAAGCCAUUCCCCCCACCUCCCCACUACGUCGUGCCCCCGGGAUCUGUGGGGGACCCCCUCCACCCCCCCAUUCCUUCCCAAGCCCCCUUCGUCCCCCUCCCCAGACAUCCCCUCCUCCGCUGAACUCGAAUCAAGGGCUAAUGUUUCCUCUUCCUCCCCUCCUUGCCCCAGGGGUAUUUUCGUGUUGGGAGGGGCAGGUCGGGGGGGCAGGGUUUUGUUGCUGUUGUUGUUGUUUUUUGGAAGUAUCUCAAUGCAAAACUUUCCCCUGAUGGGGGGGGACCCCAGGCUUUGGGGGGCAGAGGGAGCCGAGCCAUUGGCCCCAUUCACCCUGCCCUUUGCCCCCCAACUCGAGCCACCACCACCCCCCAAAUAAUCCCAGGGAUUUUGGAUCUUCCCAGUCAGCUCAAACCCAAGAUGGGUUUGGGAGGGGACCGGUUUGGGAGACCGCUGUGGGCCUCCCUUGUGUGGCCCUCCUGGGUCGGGGAGGGCGGGGGGGUGUCAAUGCGUCCUCCGCCUCGGUCCCAUGCCUCCAAGCAUAAGCCAUAGUUGACCUGGGGCAGGUUGGGUCCCGGGAUGAACAGCCAUUCGGCCAGGACGGGACCUGGAACCCGCCCUGUGGGGGUCCGUGUUAGAGGAAAGGUGCUGAGAUGUGGGGGGACUGGCUGGGGGGAUCCCUAGUCACCCCACGUCACUGGGAGCAGGGCGGGAGGGCGGUCAUGGCAUCCUCAGAGAUUGUACAGACCAGAGUGAGCACGAGGAUGGGGGCAG